GGGCGGGACGAAGAGGUUGGCUGUGGAUCCCAGAGGCGGCCGACGGGAGUCUGGGAUCCUGCGCAAGGCGGCGUCGUGACCCAGGCAGGACACCUCCAAGUUAAACAUGACAGGAAAGCACUGGGAUCGGCUCAGUUCUGACAAAGUAAGGAACACAGCAUUUUCCAGCUAAGUUGUCAUGGCACCUUUCUAAGAGUGACUCUUGUCAUGCACCCCACCGGGAACAUGGAUGUUGGCUUUACACGGUCUGCUGUUCAGACCUUGUCCAGAAGCCACUGCAAAAACAUCAAGCAAAAGAUUUCCCAGUGGGAAGGCCGAGCUAACGGUGUAACCAAGACAGCUAAGCUUUACCCAAAGGACUUCGGAGUGAGGUAUAAUAACUACCACCAAGAGCGUCCCCCUCAUAAGCGUCCCACUGGCGAGGAAAGGAAUGGGGGUUUACUCAGAAACACAGCCACCAAAAGCUGCGACCAGAGUGAGGCUGAAAGCCAGCGUCGAGAGUGCAAAGGCUCCCCGCCCUCGGAAGUCGAGCCGGACUCCAGCCGGGUGUGUGCUCGGGUCAAACAGAUCGAAAGCUGCCAAGCUGUUGCUGCCGAUCCAGAGGCUUCAUUCCCUCCAGGAAACUUCUAUACCUCACAGAUACGGUGGGAAAGCAUAGAAGGCCUUUCCCCAGGUAAAGUCUUAAAUUUGCCCUUAGCACCUUGUGACUCUACAGAAAAAGAACCGGAUUUCAGUGUUCUGGAUAGUUCUUAUGGAAUCACCAAGAGCUUGGAAAAUAUUUAUUAUGAACCUGAGGGGCAGGAAUGUGGCCUCUCUAUAAAUCCUUUGCCCAAACCCCGUAGGACAUUCAGGUAUUUAUCUGAAUCUGAUGGCAUGCCAUAUAAAGAAAGGAGCUGUGACAAAAAGUACUGUGAAAGUAUUUCCUGUGCGGACUCUUCUUUGGCCUCUUCUCAGGAUCCUGAACCCAAGAAAUACGGCGGGAAGAUCAGAGGGAGGUCCAAAAGGAAAUCUUUUGAAUUUGAAGAUAUUCAGCACUUUCGGAACUCACGGAAGAUUCAUGAAGAACUUGGAAGAAAUGCUGGUUCAGCACUUUAUUACACACAGUCCGAGGAUAAUAUCUAUGAGGAUAUUAUAUAUCCAGCCAAGGAAAAUCCCUAUGAAGAUAUCCCAGUGCAGUCAUUCCCCGUUUGGAGAUCCCCUUCAGCAUGGAGGCUGCCACCUGCUAAGAGCGCCUUCCGAACACCCAAGCUUCCUCCCAAACCCCAGUUCCUUCAGCGGAAGACAAUGGAACUGAAGAACUCUCAAGCAUAUUUGCGAUCAAAAUUCACGAAGGAUACCACUUUGCCUGUCACCUUAACAGAAUGGAAACUUUUCCGAGCUGGAGAAGUGGCUAACAGGAAAAAGAGAAAUCUCCCACGGCUUGUUUUGAAAAUAAAUGAUACAUUUGAAUCUAAGAGAGGGAAGAAGAGGGUAAAGUUACAGCCCUACACUGGAAAAGAAGUGCCCUCCUCAAAAGGUGAAGCCAGUGGGAACGAGAGCGAUGCUGAGUACCUGCCAAAGAAUCGCCACAAGCGCUUGGCACAGCUGCAGCAGUCUUCCCGGAGGAACCCCCACUACCAGACCUUGGAGCGGGAUCUCAUUGAGCUGCAGGAGCAGCAGCUUUUUGAGCUCUUCGUGGUGGUUUCUCUGCAGAAGCAGCCGUCAGGGUACAGUCCCCAGGUCAUACAGCAGUUCCCUGGCAAGGGUGACCAUGGCUACAAGCAGUCCAAAGACACGGAAGAGAGGCUCAAGGUCAUACCCAGGUUUUGUUUUCCCGAUUCAGAGGACUGUGCACCAACCUUAGAACUCAAGAGUGAAACAUUCUCCUUCGUGUUGACUGGGGAAGAUGGAAGUCGGUGGUUUGGCUACUGUAAGAAGCUUUUGCCAGAAGGCAGAGGGAAGCGGCUCCCUGAGGUGUACUGCAUGGUUAGUCGGUUGGGCUGCUUCAACCUCUUCUCAAAGAUUCUGGAUGAAGUGGAGAAGAGGAGAGAAAUGUCUCCAGCCCUUGUUCACCCCUUCAUGCGAAGUGUCAUGGAGGCCCCUUUCCCAGCCCCUGGCCGCACCAUCACAGUGAAGAGCUACCUCCCUGGGGCUGGAGAUGAGUCCAUUGAACUCUGCCGACCACUCGAUUCACGACUGGAACAUGUGGAUUUUGAAUGUCUUUUCAAAUGCUUGAGCGUGCGUCACCUCAUCCGGGUCUGUGCUUCUCUCCUUUUAGAGCGGAGGGUAAUCUUUGUUGCCAACAGCCUAAGCACCCUUUCAAAAUGUGGCCAUGCUGUGGUAGCUACGCUGUACCCAUUCACCUGGCAGCACACCUACAUCCCAGUGCUGCCCGCAUCCAUGAUUGACAUAGUGUGCUCGCCUACCCCGUUCUUCAUUGGGAUCUUGUCCUGCUCCUUGCCCCAGCUCCAGGGCCUUCCCAUUGAAGAGGUGCUGAUAGUUGAUCUCUGUGCAGACAGGUUCCUACAGGAGGUAUCUGACGAGGAUGAAAUUAUGCCACCUAAACUUCAAGCUGCCUUGGUGCAGAUUUUAGAAGACCGAGAUGAAGUCUUGGCCCAGGAACGGCGGUUUUCACAAGAUGUGACCCUCAGUUCUCUGGUGUCAGAAGCUUUUGUCAGGUUUUUUGUGGAGCUCGUGGGGCAUUAUUCUCUGAAUAUGACCGUCACAGAACGUGGGGAGCGUGUGUUCCAAAGGGAGCCAUUCCGGAAGUCCCACACUUCCCGAAGUGUCCGCCACUUUCUAGAUCUCUUCAUGGAGACACAGAUGUUUGCAGGAUUUGUCCAGGACCGGGAGCUUCGGCAAAGCGGAGUUAAAGGUUUGUUUGAAGUCCGGGCUCUUCAAUAUUUGGAAACCAUUCCUGAAUCAGAACCCAGCGGGGUGAAUAGAAUUUUACGGAAUCUUGGAAGCAAAAUGAGAUUUCUUCACAAGAAGUGAAAUCUCUGGCUUCAUUCUAAGCAUAACUGAAAGUGCCAAAGACAGUAUUUUCCCAAGGAUCUGGAUGCUCUGAAGAUUCCUGUAACAUCCUUGUAAUUGUGAAAGGAGAAAGACUAUCGGAGGGCUCUCCUGUUGCUGCAGACAACUGGGAGCAGUCUAGAACCAGUGUGCUCUCUUCUCUUUCUGAUUUGGGGACUGUUUGUUUGUUUGUUUGUUUGUUUUUUGAGACAUGGUAUAUAUAUAUAUCCCUAACUGUGAUGGAACUCCUUUUGUAAAUCAGGCUGACCUCAAAUCCUGAUGUCACAAAUCUCAAAGAUCUCACAGAGGUCUGCCUGCUUCUGCCUCCCAAGUGCUGGGAUUAAAGGCAUGAGCCACCAUGCCUGGACACGUUAUUUUUACUGUGGUGUUUUAUCUUUGGUUAUUGAUGGGUACAAGAAGCUCUGCUUUGUGCUUAGUCUAUUAAAGCAGUCGUCCUUUAUAAGAAAAAGACUCAGAAAUACUUGGUGUUGCAUUUUCUAAAAACAAUGCAAAGGUGAGAUUAACAAAGCAAUGAGAAUAAUGAGUUUCGGCAACUAGAGAGACAGAUCUGGAGGACCGAGGAGGAUGGGUACUAGAAAGACAGACCCUGGAGGACCGAGGAGGACGGGUACUAGAGAGACAGACCUGGAGGACUGAGGAGGACACCGUGUCACACAAUUCUCAUCACUGAAGCAUUAGGUUGCUUUAAAUCCAUGGACCAUUUGUGCUUUCAUAACCCCCACCUUUUGGUCCCAUGUCCUAUCUUGAAGAAUUACACUCAUGUAAGAACUUAAAGCAGACACUGUGCAGGAAUGCAGGACCUCAGGAUACAAUACCUGCUGGGAUAGCUUGCUUCUCACAUGUCAGCAUUAUGCCUUAUGGAAUGAAGCCAACAUGAAAAUGUCCUUUUAAGGACACAGCUGAUUGCUUUUUGAGUUUGGUGUCUGUAAUUUGCUGCACUAUGACAAUCUACAUGUCAUCCCAUUCAAGCUUUUGACCAGCUUCAUGAUACUUUACAAGGAGCUGGGGUUCAGAGAAGCUAAGUAAUUGACCAGUUACAUAUAAGACAGCUAAGCCAAACACUUGACUUAUGAACACAUACAAAGCUGGUUAGUCCUACAGAUGUAAACGAACUCUUUAUAUUGAUGUUUAAAGUUCUCUGUGGAGCACACUAGAGUGUCCUCUUGGCUCUGAUGAGAUUUUAAGUUAUGGGUGUCUAGGCAAGGUUUGUUUGAUUGUUUGUUCUUUCUUUUGCUGCUGGGGAUAGAACCCAGGGCCUUCUGUGUGCUCUACUAUGCUGGUUAUUUUUACUUUGGUGUGAGUUUUUAGUGUUUCCUAAGCCUAUACCUCUUCAUCAACCAGAUGCUGAAAAUCUAAAAUAGGAGCAGCGCCUGGGAAAGGGAGUUUGUCAGUGAGGGUGCAGCUUUCAUUGAUAAGUGAUAGAUGAUGUGGUAAAUGUCAGUUGUUUUCUGUAACUGCUCAGGACUUUACCUGGCAUGGAAAAUAUUCAUUCAUACAACUGACUGACUUGUAUUGUCAUUGUCACCCAUAUAAGUGUGAAUGAAUGAAUCCAUUUAAGACCGGUGCUGUGCAAUAUAGUUCCUAGAUGUGGGUCGGGGAAGAGAACUGAGCCUGUCUUUUAAAAUGUUAAUGCAGCUUACCCCAGUGGAGCUCCUCCCAAACAUCCCUCUCAUUUGCUCUCUCUCUUCUUACACUCCAACCCCCAUGGAACAAUUCAUGAUUGUUUAUAAGAUGGAGUAAGGGGGUUUACUAUGGUCAAACAUGACUGUCUGCAGGGAGACUUUGCUUUUGGGAGUCUUACCUUAUGACAAUCUAAAGCUGCUUCCUUUCUUUGAGUUUCUUAGCAUUUGUUUUUGUAAAUGUUGUGAAUUCUAAAUAUGUUUGUAAAAAGAAUUGUUCAGUAUUUCUAUCAAAUGUUUACAGAUCUUUAAUGAAUAAAGGCAUUUUAAAAAAUCC